AAGGCUCGAAGGAAUUGCUACUUUUGCGAGAUCUGCGUCAAAGCGCGCCGUACCAAGAAGGACCAGUUGCACUGGCUAUGCAUUAUUACACGAGCAAUCAUUUCGACGACGAAAUCUGUCGGAAUGCGGGAUACGCGGUCUGCAGCAUUUUAUUAUGAGGCUGCUUCGCCGGCAGAGAUGAAGAGUCACAGGCGAAAGAGCAUGGAGGAGACAACUUAUCGAGGAAGACGAAUUCAUUACGAGAAAAAAAAGAUGCAUUUCUCACGUCGUUGA